AUGGCAAAGUCCAAGAACGGACUUUUGCGCAUAGCAACGAUUCAAGGUGAAUACAUCUUGGUAACUGAUAGGCAAAAGGUUGCCGAGUACCUGAAAGCCCCCGACAGUAUUUUGAAUGCGCAGGACGGAUCGAAUGAUCAGCAACAGAUUCCGUUCACCAUGGGUUAUGGGAUCGGCCAUCGUACUUACCACACGGCAGUUGUACGAGGUCCCAUAACGCAGAGCAUCAAUGAUUGGACCCCACUCAUGAACGAAGAGUGCGGCUUGGCCCUUGAUGACCUGAUCCAUUGCUCAACUGAGUAUGAGCCAAUCGCACUGUACGACACUAUAGCCAUGACGGUUGCACGUAUAGCCAACAGAAUCUAUGUCGGCACCGAGUUUUGUCGAAAUGAAGAGUUUCUCACAAACGCGGCAGAUUAUGCUCAAGCUGUAGUGUUGACGGCUGAGCUAAUCAGACCCUUUCCAGACUGGCUCAAAAGUAUUCUGAUCAGGUUUAUGCCAGUGAUGCGCCAUCGCAAAAAGGGGGAGGACUUUUUGCGAAGCUUUAUUCAAGAGAGAUUGGAUGGAAAACGUAACCGACUUGGACAAAAGCCCACUGAUCUCGUCCAGAGACUGAUCGAUGCUGCGCCUCCGAUUGAGAAAACGGUGCCUCAACUUGCGGAACGGGUCAUGGCAUUGAAUGUAGCCUCGAUACACACGACUACCAUGACCUUUACCAGCGCCAUGUACAGUCUAGCUGUAGAGCCCGAAAAGUACGCAGAAGUUCUCCGAAACGAAGUGAUUGAGAAUUUGGAAAAUGGGCAGAUUACUGCAGCCACUCUGGCAAAGCUUCCGAAAAUGGACAGUUUUCUGAGAGAAUCUGGAAGAUUCAACACCACCGGGCUUAUGGCAAUGCAAAGAAAUGCAAGAAAAGAGUUCAAAUUCAGUGAUGGGACCGUCAUCCCGGUGGGGGCAAAGAUUGGUGCCGUAUCUCGAAUUCUGCAACGAGAUCCCGAGGUGUUUGAGAACCCCGACGUGUUUGAUGGCUUUCGCUUUUACCAGACAGAACCAUCAGAGACCAAGCCGAGCACAAUGGUGAAUACUGGGACCAACUUUCAUCUUUUUGGACAUGGGCGGCAUCCAUGGCAAGUCCAGUGCCGGUUCCUGGCGGUACACGAGAUGAAGAUCAUGUUUGCCCAGCUUCUGCUGCGCUACGAGUUGAAACUUGCACCUGGCACAAAACCAGAGCCAUUCUUCAUCGCCACCAUGUGCAUCCCGGAUACAAAGCUCAAGGUACUGUUUAGGAAAAGGUCAAGGUGA